UGAGUGUGAGCGUGCGUGCAGAGUGGAGAGUGUUGGACCAAACCACUGCCCCCUUUUCACAGAUUCCCGACAUUAUCACCCCGAGACUGCUACUGGAGAAGAUCUAAGUUUCCUUCAAAGCGGUGCCUGCCCAUAAACACCAGUAUGUAUCCGACUGGAGGGAUAUCUGCGAGCAUACACGCCAACAGGCUGCGGGCAGAAGGAAUGGGCUCCAAGGACCAGGCCGUGCAAUUCAACAACCAGGACUACGAGGCGCUGAAGCAGGAAUGCGUGGAGUCCGGCUCCCUGUUUGAAGACCCCUGUUUCCCUGCUGAGCCUCCAUCUCUGGGCUUUAAGGAGCUCGCACCAUAUUCCUCUAAAACUAGAGAUGUGGAGUGGAUGAGGCCCACGGAACUGACAGACGACCCUCAGUUCAUCGUGGGUGGUGCCACCAGAACAGACAUCUGUCAGGGAGCUCUGGGUGACUGCUGGCUCUUAGCAGCCAUCGCCUCUCUCACCCUGAACGAGAGGCUUCUCCACCGGGUCGUUCCGCACGGUCAGUCUUUCCAAGAUGACUAUGCUGGAAUCUUCCACUUCCAGUUCUGGCAGUUUGGCGAGUGGGUAGAUGUUGUGAUUGAUGAUCGAUUGCCUGUCAAAGACGGGGAGAUCAUGUUUGUCCAUUCAGCGGAGGGCAACGAGUUCUGGAGUGCACUCCUGGAGAAGGCUUAUGCCAAGCUGAAUGGCUCCUAUGAGGCUCUGUCUGGGGGAAGCACCACGGAAGGGUUUGAGGACUUCACUGGUGGUGUUUCUGAGAUGUACGAGCUCCGCAAGGCUCCCAGAGACCUGCACAGGAUAAUCGCCAAAGCCCUGGAGAGAGGCUCCCUGCUGGGCUGCUCUAUCGAUAUCACCAGCGCCUUCGACAUGGAGGCUGUUACGUUCAGGAAGCUUGUCAAGGGUCACGCCUACUCAGUCACUGGGCUGAAGGAGGUGGAUUUCCGUGGCGACAUGGUACGUCUGAUCCGAAUACGUAACCCUUGGGGCCAGGUGGAGUGGACUGGUGCCUGGAGUGACAACUCCCCUGAAUGGGAUGAGAUCGACCCCUCUGAACAAGAAGAUUUGCAUCUGAAGAUGGAAGACGGAGAGUUUUGGAUGUCCUUCAGUGAUUUCACAAGGCAGUUUUCGCGACUGGAGAUCUGCAACUUGACUCCAGAUGCUCUGAGUGAGGACAGCGUCAGCCACUGGAACACCAUCAAGUUCUAUGGCACGUGGAGGAGAGGAAGCACCGCUGGGGGCUGCAGGAACAAUCCCAACACGUUUUGGAUCAACCCUCAGUAUAAGAUCACGCUGCUGGAGGAGGAUGACGACCCAGAGGACGAUGAGGUGGCGUGCAGUUUUUUAGUCGCUCUUAUGCAGAAGGACCGCCGCAGAUAUCGCCGCCACGGUCAGGACAUGCACACCAUCGGCUUUGCUCUCUACGAGAUUCCAGAUGAGUUCAAAGGCUGCCAGAAUGUCCAUCUGAAGAAAAAUUUCUUUUUGACCCAUUCAUCGUGUGCUCGCUCCGAGACCUUCAUCAACCUGCGGGAGGUGAGUACUCGGCUGCGUCUGCCUCCUGGAGAAUACCUCAUCGUCCCCUCCACCUUCGAAGCCGGUAAAGAGGCCGACUUUGUCCUCAGAGUCUUCACAGAAAAGCAGUCGGAAACAGAAGAACUUGAUGAUGAAAUCUCUGCCGAUCUGGAAGAUGAUGAGGAAAUAACGGAAGAUGACAUUGAUGACUCUUUUAAGGCUAUGUUUGCUCAACUAGCAGGAGAGGACAUGGAGAUUUCCAUUCGCGAGCUAAGAACCAUUCUAAACAGAGUCGUCUCCCGGCACAAGGAUCUGAAGACUGACGGCUUCAGUGUGGAAUCCUGCAGGACCAUGGUCAACCUGAUGGAUAAAGACGGCAGCGCCCGUUUAGGCAUGGUGGAGUUUCAAAUUCUCUGGAACAAGAUCCGAAAGUGGCUGGUCAUUUUUAGACAGUUUGACCUUGACAAAUCAGGAGCCAUGAGCUCAUAUGAGAUGCGACUUGCUGUGGAGGCAGCAGGUUUUAAACUGAACAACACACUGAACCAGUGUCUGGUAGCUCGGUACGCAGAGAACGAGAUGAUUGACUUUGACAACUUCAUCUGCUGCUUGGUUAAACUUGAAUCCAUGUUCAGAGCUUUCCAGCAGUUUAACAAGGAUGAAUCAGGAGUGGCUGAGAUGAAUCUCACAGAAUGGCUUUAUCUGACAAUGUGUGGUUGAAGAGGACCAUCUUCACUGCUGGAAGUAUAGAGCCUGCAGACGGCCACAAGCCUGGAGCUCUGCAGACCCCUCAGCCUGAGUAACCUGCUGAUCCUUCUACACAUCCCACCUCAGCGUAGCAAAAGAACUGUAUGAUAGAAAAACCAAAUGUUUUAGAAACUAUGCAAACUGACAGUAUGAAGCAGUCACUGUGCCACAUUAGUCUGUCAUCACUGUAGAAAGAACAGCAUGGCUCUAUGCAUGACAAAAAUCACUAGCUGUAGCGUGCAUUGCAAGUUGGUUUUAUAUUUUCAGUUUUUAGUCUUGCUGUCUGUAUCAAUGUCAACUGAUUGAUUAAAAAUAAUUUCACUGUUAUUCUGAAAUCUCACUAAAAGCUGUUUGAGGUAUUAAAUCAAAGUUAUUGUUUUUUUUAAAAGUCUUAUCGUUUUCUCUUAAUCAUCCUGUGCUCCUGUUUCACCGCUUUAGAAUAGAAAAUGGAAGAUGGUUGUCUCAGUACUUUCAUUUUUACACCUGUAGGUGGCAGUAUAGACCUGGCCUGAUGUCCAGGAAUCUUGUUUUUGGCAUUUUACACUGAAGUGUUCUGUAUUUUAAGGAUGUUCUUUAGCUUAAGUGAAACAGCUGUUUUUGUUCCUCUCACUGGGAGUUUAACUUUUAAGAAGCUGCUAGUGAAGUUGCCUCACAUUAAUAACAAUGAUCAGCUCACUAAAGUGACAAUUACAGGAAUCACAUGAUACUAAAUGCCUUAUACUUGACACCAUAAUGUUAUAAACAGCUAAUAAUAAUCAUGUACCAGUCAUGUGUUUUGUGUUGUGAAUGUACAUUGUGCCUUCAAUAAACAUUUCCCUCAAGGUU